AUGAUUUUCCCUAGCCCAACUGGUGGGUCCGGUGAUGGUUCGCGAACUGCGCGUGUUCACCCUUUGGGUUGGGAGCGGGGGAAGGUCAAGGCGACGACAAGGAGGCUUGUACCUUUGUUUCAUGUUGGUUUAUCUCCGAAAGGAAAGAGGUAUGUCCGGGAUCGAGGUCUCGAGUGGCUCUCGAGGAUCAAUAGACCUGAGGAAUUGCCUUCGGAGAUCCUCGCCUUUGCUCCUCCGUCAGUAUGCAAUCCUCCGUGUGUCGGUGCUGCGGCUGAAGGGUCUGGAACCCGGUCUAGUGGCAAUGAUGAGAGCGUCAUUGCUAGUGGUGGCUAUAUCUGGAACCAGACUCAUGCACAAAUAGAUAAUGAUGGGGCCUUACAACGCAGGACGAGGUGGACGCAGCACUCCGUAUGGAAUAAUGGAAUGCCGGGAGAAGGGCGCCCCCCCUGGGAGCAUCUGAAACAAUGGCACGAGUUGCUUGAGCCUUACUGGCGGCGGUAUUUGACUCUGGGACGGCCUUCAAUAUCAUUCUGCAUAAGGGCACUAUACAAAUGCGGAAGGCAGAGAGAUAGGACUUCAUGCUACAUGCCCGGUAGUGACAGGGAAGUUGCUGUAAGCAAGUCGACAGGUAGACUAGCCCGGGUAGCUUGCGAGCCGGACGACUGGCUACCGGGUUUGGACAACGCAUUGAGGGGCGCGAAGGGGUCUAGGCGGGGAGGGCGCUUGAGGGGGAGGGGGACCUCCAAAAGCAAAGGAUUCAGUCAACUGUCAAUGUGUCAGCGGCAGUCCGUGUCAUCAGGACGGCCUUGCACCCUAUUCGAAAAAGAGACCGAUGAUGAUGGUCCUCGAGUCAUCAAACCCAAGGUGACUCGGUACUAUGGUCGAACCCAAAUCGCAAUGAACCGGUUCCCCGUACUUCGUAAAUCCCGCUACUCUCUCUCUCACUCUCCCUCUCUAUUGAUGGAUUGUUGCCCUUCCGUCGCUGCUGGGGAUUCCCUGGUUGAAACCAAUAGAUUGGCACUUAUCGAUGCUUCCAGGCCCCGAUAUUUCGGAAAAUAA